AUUUCUCUGUGUUUAGAUGUUUCUACAGUUUAGCGAUAACCCUCACCGAAAGAAAUCUCCUCCCGUAUGCGCAUUUUCACCAGUCAAAUAAGCAAGUUUAUCUUCCAUUUGAGGAAACUACCAGUCUGGAAAGAUGUCUUACGGGAAAGCAGAGUUCCGCCCUGUCCUCAGAGACUUCAACUCUCUCAUUCAGACAUGCAGCUCAAACAUCCAGAAGAUCACACAGAACACCGCUCAGAUCAAGACCAUGGUGAACCAGUUGGGGACCAGGCAGGACACCACUGAACUUCAAGAUCGGCUGCAGCAGAUACAGCACUACACCAAUCAGCUUGCUAAAGAAACCAACAAGCACCUGAAAGAGUUGGGCUCCGUCCCUCUGCCAUCAUCACCCUCAGAACAAAGGCAGCAGAAAAUCCAGAGGGAUCGGCUCAUGAAUGACUUCUCUGCAGCUCUCAAUAACUUCCAAGCUGUCCAGCGGCGCGCAGCAGAGAAGGAGAGGGAAUCGAUAGCGAGAGCGAGGGCUGGUUCCCGCCUAUCAGCUGAAGAUACUUUUCGAGAUGAAAAGCUUGUCUCCUUUGAUAACCAAGAGGACCUCGGUCCAAUUACCACCCAGACUGAAGAAGUGGGCAUUACAGAGGAGGACCUGGAGCUUAUUAAGGAGAGAGAAACCAACAUUAGACAGCUUGAGUCUGACAUCAUGGAUGUAAACCAGAUCUUUAAGGACUUGGCAGUAAUGAUUCACGACCAGGGAGAGAUGAUUGACAGUAUUGAGGCCAAUGUGGAGAACGCCGAGGUUCAUGUAGAACGGGGAGCAGAACAGCUGCAGAGAGCCGCUAUUUACCAGCAAAAAUCCAGGAAGAAGAUGUGUAUUCUUGCCAUAGUUUGUUCCAUUGUGCUCAUCAUACUCGCCGUCAUUAUCUACUGGGCUAGCAAAUGAGCUGAUUUCAUCCAAGUAUUGCCUCAGCACUCGAUGUAACCCUGCAACACCCCCUUCACCCCGACCUCACCGACAACAACCAGAGAAGCUCUUUGUAGUAAAACCAUCUCAGAAGUUCAUCAAAAUCCAGAGCUGGACAAUUUGAAACAUGUACUCAUCAUAAAUCCUUAAGUCGGCUGAUUUGUUAAGUAGAUGAAUAAGCUGCUUUGACUUUGGUGAGGAGGCUGUGGAGGGCGGGGCUUUGGAGCGGUCCCAUCAACAUAAUUCCUUCCUUUCCCGUACUUACUUUACUGCACUAACACUAGCUCUCACUGUAUAACACAUGUAUAAAUAAUGUAAGGAAUAACUUAAUAUUGGCAGAUUUCCUUUUAAGUUUUAUGUAUUUUGUUUAUUUGUUGUUUAAUUGAUGUCGUGGCAUCUUCUGAUGUAGAAGUAAACAGCCAUUUGUCUUGCCGUGAGUCGUUAGCCUCACAGUGAAGCAUUGGUAUUAUGGUAUUGAAGUGAGUACAUGUUGAAAGUACUAUAAACACAUCCGUAUUAUAAACAUUAUGUUGAGAACAUGAAGGUUGAUGUAAAAAUCUAAAAAAAAUGAAAGAACAGACUUUGUAUAAAUCAUUUUAAGUUGAUUUCUAUGAUCUCUCCUUACAGAAACCGUAAUAAAUAUGUUAAGCAAA